AUGGAUAAACUAAGUAAAUCACUUGAAGUUUUAAGGUUACUUUCAACAACAAAAUCAGAAACAUUAAUAAUCAAAGGUAACAAUGAAAAUUAUAUUAAAUUAGUUAAAGCUAGUGUGGAAACAUUUUUUACAACAUGUGACGAAAAUGAUUAUAAUGUACGAUUGACUGCUGAAGAAAAUCUUAAUAAAUUUGUUAAAAAUUUAAAAGAAGCAGUUUUAACAAGAAUUCAAGUUGAAUUACAUCGAAUUAUAAAACAUUAUCCUAAUGUUGGAUCAAAAGCUUUAAAAGAUAUUACAUAUCUUUUAUCUUUAUGUGAACACGGUGAUCUACAUUUACGUGGUGCAUGUGCAAAUUUACUUGUUACAUUAAUUCAAACAACAAAUCAUCUUUUAACACUAUCAUCAUUAUCAAAUUUAUUUAAUAAUUCUUUUACUAAUUAA